AUGGCUGGGUCCCUGCCAUGCCCCGCUGCUCCUGCUGGCCUCUCUGGCCUGGCCCUGGCUGUGAGCCCUGCAGCCCACAUGAUCCUCGGCAAGCCUCGUCUGCUGGGUGACCUGGAAGACAUGGAUGUGAAUGAGGAGGGCAUGCAGCAGGUGCUCAACUUCGCCCUAAUUGAGUACAAUAAGGCAAGCAAGGAUGCCUUCCACAGCCCCGCCGUGUGGGUGGUACAUGCCCACAAGCAGGUGGUGGCUGAGAUGAUUUUCUUCUUGGAUGUGGGGUUUGGUCAAAAUGCGUGUACCAAGUCCUAGCCCAACUUGGCCAGCUGUCGCUUCCAUGACCAGCCACAUCUGAGGAAGAAAGCACUCUGCUCUUUCCAGAUAUACACUGUCCUCUGGGUAGGCAAGAAUGCAUAG